AUGAAACUUUGCAGGGACCUUAUGUACGACUUGGCUCGUUUUCUUGUCAUUUUGCUCCUAUUCGUUGCGGGAUUCACAUUACAUGUCACAUCAAUCUUUCAGCCUGCUUAUCAACCACUCGACGAGGACAGUGCAGAGUUAAUGCGUCUUGCAUCUCCUGAACAAACGCUUGAGAUGUUGUUCUUUUCGUUGUUUGGGUAA